AAAAGAUCGGAAAAGAGAGCAUGCCUAUACUUAAAUAGCCAGAACUCUUAAUUGUAAAUAAAUGCAAAAAUUGGGUCAUUUAUUCAGAAUUUAGUGCAAAACUGAGUAAAACGUUAAAAUGUAUGAACAAAGAAAGUUAUUUUGAAUUUUAAGUACAGGUGUAAAUGUAAACAUGAUUGUCACAAAGAGUCUCAUAGGCACAAUGUUAACAACAUUUUGAAAGUGGGUCACGAAAGAACUAAAUAUUUAUUAAGCUAUAGAGAACUUGGAAUCCACAAAAGACUAGGAUUCUGUACAGAAAAUGGCAUCCACUAAGAAAAUUGUUGGACUAUCCAUCGAAUAUGCUGCUAAUGCUAUAUAUCAAGCAUCUGCGAUGAUUAUAACAGCCGGCGCUGGUAUGGGAGUUGAUUCAGGUCUACCCGACUUCAGAGGUGACAGAGGAUUCUGGGAAGCAUAUCCUCCCUUAAAAAAGCCUGGAAUAAAUCUUCAAGAUAUGGCAAAUCCAAAGUGGUUUGAUAGUGAUCCUAAAUUUGCAUGGGGGUUCUAUGGUCAUCGUUAUAAAUUAUAUAAGAACACGACUCCUCAUGAUGGAUUUGGAAUUUUGUUAAAGUGGGCGAAAUCAAUGGAGAAUGGUUACCAUGUAUACACAAGUAACGUUGAUGGACAUUUUCAAAAGGCAGGAUUCCCAAAGGACAGGGUAGAUGAAUGCCAUGGUACCAUACAUUAUCUCCAAUGUGCUGAUGUUAGUAUAUCUGAUGCUAUAUGGCCCGUGCCCGAUAAUUUUGAUAUCCAUGUCGAAGAGUCCACCCUUAGGGCCUCAAGUCCUCUCCCCCUUGGCCCUCCGAGCAACCCUACCCACCUCGCAAGACCGAACAUCAAAAUGUUCCAUGAUGCGACUUGGAUUAACACACGCACAUCCGCCCAGGAAGUUGAAUUCAAAGCUUUUGAGGAAAAGCUCAUCGGUGAUGGCACUACAUUUAUCGUGAUUGAAAUAGGAAGUGGACUAGCUGUGCCUAGAGUCAGAGAAAGAGCAGAAACUAUUGUUAAAAGAUCAAAGGGUAAAGGAACACUUAUUCGUAUUAACCCUGCGGAGUCCACUGUCCCCCAUGGACAACAUAUAGGACUACCUCUUGGUGCCCUUGAAGCUAUUACAAGCAUUGACAAAAUUCUGAAAUCAACGUAGGGGGAGUGGGGGAAAGCAAUAGUUAGAUGUCGUUAUAUUUCUUGUACAGUACAAUUAUCCUUCUCAUACAUGUCAUACUGGACAAUAUAGACGUCUUUCAUGGUCCCCCACAGCUGAUUGCUUGAAUAACAUUCUGAAUUCGAAAUUUGCGCACAUCAGAACUGUUUUUUAGUUAGGCCAGAAGAAUUUUUGCACGAAAUUGUAGCCAAUCAGUCAACAUUACAUCAUGGACUGUGUUAUUUACAGAAUGUUUUCAAUAAUUGGUUUAAGAGAAAAACAUUGUUGAGUUUAGUUCACCAUAUCGAUACCUAUCCUUUGUUUGCUGAGAAAUGUAUACAUUUUAUGGGCAUAAAAAGGGAUGACAUACCAAUUUGCAGUGAUUUCAAACACUUAUCUAUACAUUUUGAAGAAUAUUUAAACAGAACUAUUAUUCAAGGGUAAAAAUAAGAAAAUACACAAUGUAUGCCAAAGUAAUCAAUUUUGACGCACAUCAAAUUUUCCGCCAUUUCGUCUGAUUCUGAUUGAACGAAAUGCGAUGGUACUUUCAGACCCUUGUGAUUGCUAUUUGGAUGUGUUUGUUUUUUCUGAUUUACUCAAAAUCGUGCAAGCAAGGG